AUGACCACAAGUUGUUUACAAUAUCUCAGAUUGAAGCUUCAAUUUGUUAAAUUAUAUUUAUUAUUUAAUUUAAGAAACUUUUUUUUGCAGCAACCUGUACUACUAAAAAAUUCUGACAUAAUUGGAACAGCCCUUAAAUGGGACUUGAACUAUCUCAAAGACAACCUUGGUCAAGGAUCUUUUUCAGUCUACUCUUCCAGGACUCACAAGUUCAUGUACUGUGAUGACAAACGAGCCAAAGAUUGGCCCAACUUUGUUCCACCGACGCAGAGGCUUGACAUGAAAUUUGAAGAGUUUUUUACAAGGAUUACCAACUUUAAACCCAUGGAUACACGAUUAUACUUGCAACAGAUGCUGAAUGACUCUGUAGGAAAAAAUAUAGUGAAAGACUUUCUUGGUUUUAAGUGGAGCUGGCUUACAAAUAUGCAGAAGAAAAUGAACUGGGGCACGUUGACAUCCAAUCUCCUCCUUAUUGGCUUACCUGGGAAUAUUACACCCGUUCAUUAUGAUGAGCAACAGAACUUAUUAUGUCAAGUGACAGGGCACAAAAGAGUAAUUCUGUUCCACCCUGACCAGUUUGAGUGUCUCUAUCCAUUUCCUUUGUAUCAUCCUUGUGAUAGACAAAGUCAGGUAGGUCAAGAUAUUCUAGAAGAGAAUUAAUUAAAAGUGAUUUACACCUGAAUGAACCAACUGCAGUUUAAAUUUGAAAGAUGAAAUGUUCAGCAUGUCCUGAGCAUGGGACAAGGAAAUACAAAUGUAUUUCAGUCCUGACAGAAUUAAAUCCCAGGGCCAUACCCCCAGAUACGUGUAACAGUCAGGCACACAUCCAGUGAGCUACAGAAAGAUUCAUGGUGCGUUAUCAGGGGCGUAGCUAGCCUUUAAGCCAUUAAGCCUGGGCUUAACAAGAAUUUCUGUAAAUAAAUUUUUUUAGUAGCCAAAAGGCCAUAUUUUCUUUAUCUUACU